GAAGUGGCGUGUUUCUAGUGACAGCAUGCUUGGUUGUAGUAGGAGGUGACCUUACUGUAGUAUUAUUGAAGCAUUUUGGUUUCAGUUCAAACAGAUGCAUUUGUAAGGAUUCAGUAAUGGUUUCCAGGAGUUGUUAGUAAAACGUGCCUGUUGUGAUUCAUGGCUUUAUAGAGUCGCUGGUUAAAGAAGAACUGAAGCAGUGGAUGUGAGAUCGGGAAUGGCAGAGGCUCAGCAGGCGCGCGUGCAGAAGGCAGUGGAGGACAUGGUUCAGAGUCUCGAGAGAGAGCACAUCCGGAAGAUGCAGGGCCGCAUGUUCCACUGCAGUGCCGAGUGUUGUGAGCGUCCCGGCGAGUCCAUGAACCAGGUGCACCAGUGUAUUGAGCGCUGCCACACACCGCUGGCUAAAGCUCAGGGACUGGUCACUAGUGAGCUCGAGCAGUUUCAGGAUCGUCUCUCGAGGUGUACGAUGCACUGUAACGAUAAAGCCAAGGACCUGUUUGACUCCGGGGCGAAGGAGCCUGCUGUGCGGGCGCUGAUGGACAGCUGUGUGAGCAGCUGUGUGGACGAGCACCUGAACCUGCUGCCCAGUGUGACCCGCAGACUGAAGGACAGCUUGAACUCAAUACCUCAGUGAAGAUCAGGCUGUAGGAAAUCAUCCUCGUGAACUCACCGGUUUACUGGGAAGAUUUGCUUUUCGAUUUGUGAGUGUUGAUUACUGUCUGUAUUGUUUGUGGCUUUUGUACAGGCAAUAAAUGUGACGAAAUC